AUGAGCGGCGAAAUAAGAACCAUAGCCCGUGCCCUUCGAGCUGCGGGCCACAACACCCUUCCCAACGGUGACCUCACUUUCCUCCAGGUUCAAGGCCGUCGUCUGAUCGAGAGGGUCUAUGAUGGCGACGAGCUCAAGGACCAGCGAAUGGUAGCUAGCGGACUGAGGGAGGGCUCAACAGCAGACUACGCCGUGGCCAAAGACAGGACCUUCGCUGUGUACAUCAGUGAUGAUGGCCUUAUCAAGGUCAGUGAGUUUGAUGAGGACUCUGAAGAGUGGGAUGAGGCCCAUCUCGAAGGCCUCGGUGAUGUUUCUGUCCAUGAUGAAAGCCACAUCACUGUCGCAGGACUUCCAAGCAUGAACCUGGUUCUGUAUCAGGCACAUGAUGGUACUAUCAAGACCGUCAAGCACGAUAAGGACUCCGAUAUAUGGACUGAGGAGUUCGACAUCCCUGGAUCCGCGGCAACUGGAACUCCGAUUGCUGGGUUUACAACCGACGAGGCUCUCAUUGUGAGCUUCUUCGGGGACGACGGCGAGAUCCAUGUCCACAGUCGGGACUUUGAGAACGGUGAAUGGACUGAGGAGACUAUUCCUGACUCCUCUUUCGACGAUACCGUCAAUAGCAUCAUCGUCGCCAAAGACAAGGAUAGCGGUAACUUUGAGGCCUACGUCUUGGCCAACGACACAGUCUACAACAUCACCAAGACCGGCUCUCGCGACACCGUCGGCUCUUUCGACCAGAAUGGAGACUUUGAGCCCUCCACUAAAGCUGAGUCUGGUGGAUGUUACAGUAACAACUGGGGCAACUAUUGCGGCUCGUACACCUGCUAUCGCGGCUGUAGCUGCGGGUGUGGCCAGGGCUACAUGUGCGGCUGCUACAGUUGCGGCUGCGGAUGCCCUCGUCCCCGUCGUUGCCCGCCUUGUUGGUGA